CCUGCAAAACGUCGGAGUUCUUCGGCUGGGAUACAGCAGCAACAUCCACUACGAAUUGCUUCACAUCUCCACUCCUUACCUUUUUCCUCAACACAUUACCAAAAUGGCCGCACGAAGCGCAGCCCUCAAGCUCGACUGGAUCAAGGUCACCUCCUCGCUAGGUCUGCGCGGACAGACCGUUGCAGGUCUACAGGCCUUCAAGCAGCGCAACGAGAAUGCUCGCCGCAAACUGCAGGCUCUGUCCGAACUCCCGACGACCGUCGACUUCGCGUAUUACCGAUCUGUGCUCAAAAACCAGGCGGUCGUCGACGAGAUCGAGAAGCGUUUUACUGCCUUCAAACCCGCCCAGUACGACGUCGCUCGCCAGCUCAAAGCCAUCGAGGCUUUCGAGAUCGAAGCUAUCAAGAACGCCCAGAGUACCAAGGAGAAGGUCGAUCUAGAACUCAAGGACCUCGAGGCUACGCUGAAGAACAUCGAGACCGCUCGCCCCUUCGAGGAACUUACUGUCGAUGAGGUUGCUGCUGCUGAGCCCUCGAUCGAUGAGAAGACGGCUAAGUUGGUGUCCAAGGGCCGCUGGUCCGUUCCGGGAUACAAGGAGAGAUUCGGCGACCUUUCCGUACUAUAGACAGCUUGUGCAGCAUAGCAACCAGAAUUGCAUUAGCGCUCUCUUUCCCUCGUGUACUCUAGCAUUGUAGAUAGGAAAGUUGGGAAGAGGCUGAGAAAGUGGAAUUAUAAACAUUGUUAAUCAAAUUCUACACGUGUGCGUGGUUGUGUUUGUGCUUAGGCAGGUGGUAUACUCCCUAUUGUGAAGUAUCCAUCCAUCCGACUUCGAAACCGCUUGCCCGAGGGAGGUACUAGUAUGUAGUUCUAGCUACUUGGUACUAGAGUCUGCUUAGAUUCGAGGCGAAGUUGGUGAAUGGCAUGACUUAGUUAACUCUAUCGGCCUAUCAUCAAGACAGUUUUAUCCUAUA